CAGAAGAAACUUCCUCCUCGUGCGCAAUAAAAUAUCAGCUGAUACUCACGUGACCGUCACAUGACUGAUGCAUUCAGACCGAUUCCAUUGCUGUUGGUUUUCCUCACAUAUUAAGUUACGCGCGAACACUAUGCUGCUUGUUUUUGUCCUGAGCUUCAUUUGGCUGGUCAGUGGGAAGCUGCUGGAGUCAGAUCAAGAUGUUUCCGUUCCUGAGGACUGGAUCCUUCUUGAACGGGUCAAACCUUUGGAAGAAGUGGAGCUCACAUUUGCACUGAAGCAGCAAAAUGUUGGCCGUUUGAAAGAGUUACUGAAACUAGUGUCAGACCCAGAUUCACAACAAUAUGGGAAGUUUAUGAGCUUAGAAGAAGUGGCUGCACUUUUACAGCCUUCGCAACUGACCCAGAAAGUCGUGCAGAAUUGGCUUCGGAGUUAUGGGGUCAAAAACUGUCACACGGUUGUAACUCAGGACUUUCUUCAAUGUGCCAUGACUGUUCAGGUGGCUGAAGCGUUACUCCCAGGUGCCAAAUUUCACCGCUACAAGAGAGAUGCUCGCACACUGUUGAGAUCAACCUCCCUAUACUCCGUUCAUGAAGAUGUGCAUCAACAUCUAGACUUUGUGGGUGGAGUUCAUCGUUUUCCACCACGAGGAAGGGAUUUCAGUAAAAGCUUAGAAGAAAAACCAUCAGCAUGGUAUCACUUGGGUGUCACACCUUCGGUUAUUAGAAGUCGCUAUAACCUUACUUCAAAAGAUGUGGGCACUGCUUCAAACAACAGUCAAGCAGUAGCACAAUUUUUGGAGCAGUACUAUCACCCUGCAGACUUGUCUGAGUUUAUGAGUCUGUUUGCUGGAGGAUUUCCGCACGUGUCAGAAGUCGAGCGGGUCGUGGGCACUCAGGGCGGCGGUAAGGCCGGCAUCGAGGCUAGUUUGGAUGUGGAGUACAUCAUGAGCAGUGGAGCCAACAUUUCUACAUGGGUCUUCACCAAUCCAGGCCGUCAUGAGACCCAGGAGCCUUUUCUUCAGUGGAUGGUGCUGCUCAGCAACAUGUCUGCCGUACCUUGGGUCCACACCAUCAGCUAUGGGGAUGAUGAAGACAGUCUUUCUGUUGCCUAUAUGGACCGCAUAAAUGUUGAGUUCAUGAAAGCAGGCCUCAGAGGGAUCUCCAUGCUCUUUGCUUCUGGUGACAGUGGAGCUGGUUGUUGGCAUCUAACAAAAGAAAGAAAUACCUUUAGGCCUAGUUUUCCCGCAUCCAGUCCCUAUGUGACCACCGUGGGUGGGACAUCUUUCAAGAAUCCGUUUAAAGUCAGUUAUGAGGUCACAGAUUACAUCAGUGGCGGUGGCUUUAGUAACGUGUUUGCAAUGGCAGAUUAUCAGGCUGAUGCGGUUGGGAAGUAUCUGAAAAGUGUUCAGUCUUUACCACCGCAGACUUAUUUUAACUCCAGCGGACGAGCUUAUCCAGACCUAGCAGCACUUUCUGACAAUUACUGGGUUGUCACCAAUCGCGUGCCCAUCCCGUGGGUUUCUGGAACUUCGGCUUCAACUCCAGUCGUAGGGGGAAUUCUUUCUCUCAUUAAUGACCAACGCUUCCUAAAGGGUCUGCCCUCUUUAGGAUUCCUCAACCCUCGCCUUUACAAAUUGCAAGGCAAAGGCCUUUAUGAUGUAACUGAGGGAUGUCACCUAAGUUGUCUGGAUGAUAAAGUUGAAGGAAAGGGUUUCUGUGCCUCCACUUCAUGGGAUCCAGUAACAGGAUGGGGAACACCCAACUACCCUGUUCUUCUGCAAGCUCUGUUGGAUUGAUCCACUGCCUUUUUAAUCAAAUUGCAAGUGAAAAUUGCACCAAUGUUCAAAACUUUACUUAAAAAAACCUUUAGCAGAUAUCUUAGUUUUGUUACUUAGUAGAAUAAUUGCAAUUUCAUAGAUCAUUAUGAAUAAUCAAGUCAUUUUCAAUCUUUGGUUGAUUUCAUCCAUACAGUAUAUAGCCCCAUUUUUUUUCCAAACUAUUCCUGUCACUUAUUUUCAGACGAGUUUGGUAAAGGUAUUGAUGAUAUCUGGUGCAGACCACAGUCUACUGUUUCACAUUCAACAACAUAAUUACAAGCAACAAAUACUAGGCUUUAUAUGAAUUUGAUCUUUACUACCAAGUUUUCAGAAGACUGACCUGAUCAAUUCAACUCAAGUGCAAUAUUUUCUAUUGUUUGCUCUUAGAAAAUUAAUGAAAACAGAUCUCUUUUUCAUAAAUUUUAGAUUUGGGUGUCAAUGUUUAAAUGUAGCAUAUAAGCCAGACAAGUAAUAGAAGUUGACAGCUACAAAAACCAAUGCCAUUUUUUAGUUUUUGGGUUGAUUUGUUUAGAGAUCCUCAGGGAUUGAAAUGUUGAAUGGACUGUGCUAUAACUUGAUUGUUGAUAUGACAGAAUUGCUUUUCUACUAAGGUGCACUAAAUGUUUUUGAAAGAUGCUUUUUUUCUCUGAAAAGGUACAUGAAUAUUUUAAGAUCAAUGUUUUUUUUUUAGUUUGAAAGAAAUAAAGUUUUAUUUUGAA